AUGGCACCCCCUCGUGUAGCUCCUCCUCAACCUUCUCAGGGUGAUGGGCAAGACCUAGCUAGGGCGAUCGAGGCUAUGGCUGCAGCCUUGACGCAACAGAGUAAUGCUAUGAUGCAACAGCAUGAGGCGGCGAUGCAGCGCCAGGAAGCCUCUCUUGAGCAGCAGAACUUCAUGAUGCAGCAGAUGGAAGCUGCUAGACAGGCUGCAGAGGAUGCUCAGAGGCAGCAUGUGGAUGCUCUCCGUCAGUUAGGGGAGAAUGCUGCAGGUGCUCAGAUGUAUGGUCCUCAUCCCCAACCUCCACCCCCUGAAUGGAGCUUAGAAGAUUUCUUGAAGCACCAACCUGCCAAGUUUGAUGGCAAGAAGAGUCCCGACCAGGCGGACCAGUGGAUGAAGGACAUGGAGCGCAUCUUCGAUGCCAAGAGGUGCCCGGAUGAGAGCAGGCUUGCUUUCACUGUUUACAUGCUCACUGGGGAGGCUGAGCAUUGGUGGGCCAGCAUGAAGCUGGUGAUGGAAGAGAAACAUGAGGACAUCACGUGGAGAGCCUUCAAGAGGAGGUUCCUUUCUGAGUAUUUCCCUGAUAGCGUGAGGUACGCUAAGGAGGUUGAGUUCCUCCAGCUGACGCAGGGAAACAAGUCGGUGGCCGAGUAUGCCGAACAGUUCAAGCACCUGGGGCGUUUCUAUACCAUGCCACUAGAUGAGGAGUGGCGUUGCAGGAAGUUUGAGAAUGGUCUCAGAGGAGACAUUCGGUUGAUGGUAGCUCCACUGUCCAUCAAGGACUUUGCGGCCUUAGUGGAAAAGGCCAGGGUCAUGGAACGUAUGAAGGUAGAGGUGGAAGCCCAGCAGCAGCCACAACAGAGAGUUAGCGGACCAUCUGGGUCCAGGCCACGAGUUGAAGAAAGGAGGAAGCCUUAUGCUAGACCCCACCCACAGUCACAGGGGUCUAGAGGUUUUUCUUCCCCACCCAGCAGGAUCCAGUGCCACCACUGCGGAGGACCGCAUGUGAAGAGUUUUUGCCCACAACUAUCUGGGUUCCGCAGGUGCAACCAUUGUGGCAGAGAGGGCCACUUUGGCAGGGAUUGUCCUACUCUGAGGAGGUCAGUAGCACGACCCCCACCACAGACUUCGAGUCAGAGUUCAGGCCAGACUCAGCAGAGAGGAGGAGGCAGCAGGCCUCAGGCUACAGGCAGGGUUUUUGCUAUGACUGGGUCAGAGGCGGCAGGUUCAGGUAACCUUGUUACUGGUUGUUGUGUGAUAUCUGGCAAGUCCUGUUGUGUUCUUUUUGAUUCUGGAGCUACACACUCAUUUGUGUCUGAGUCUUGUGUGCGAGAGUUGGGUCUGCCGGUGUGUGAACUACAGUUCGAUCUCGUGGUAUCGACCCCGGCAUCUGGGUUGGUUAGGACUUCUUCUGUGUGUUCUAGGUGUUCAGUUGAGGUAGAGGGGCGCGUAUACAAAGUCAACCUUAUAUGCCUCCCUCUGCAAGGGUUAGAUGUGAUCUUGGGAAUGGAUUGGCUCUCUGCCAAUCACGUUCUCAUAGACUGUCGGGAGAGGAAGCUGUUGUUCUCAAACUCAGAAGAGCCUGAGUUGUUGUCUUCUUAUGAGGUCAUGAAGGAAAUCCGGGACGGCGCACAGUGUUAUAUGGUUUUUGCUAGGAUGGAAGUUGAGAAAGAGGAGAGGAUAACAGUAAUACCAGUGGUCAGGGAAUUUGAGGAUGUGUUCCCCGAAGAGGUACCGGGUUUACCCCCUAGGAGAGAAGUUGAGUUCUCCAUAGACUUGGUACCAGGAGCCGGUCCUGUGUCGAUAGCUCCUUACCGCAUGGCCCCAGCAGAGUUGGUAGAGUUGAAGAAGCAGAUAGAGGAAUUGCUUGAGAAACAGUUCAUACGGCCGAGUGCUUCGCCGUGGGGAGCGCCUGUUUUGCUUGUAAAGAAGAAGGACGGUGGCUCAAGAUUGUGUGUGGAUUAUAGGCAGCUGAACAAGCUGACUAUCAAAAACAAGUACCCCUUGCCAAGAAUAGAUGAUUUGAUGGAUCAGCUUCAUGGGGCGUCAGUGUUCUCCAAGAUCGAUCUCCGGUCGGGUUAUCAUCAGAUUUUGGUGAAGGCAGAAGAUGUUGAGAAGACUGCUUUCAGAUCCAGAUACGGGCAUUACGAGUAUGUUGUCAUGCCAUUCGGUGUGACUAAUGCUCCAGCUUUGUUCAUGGAUUAUAUGAACCGGAUCUUCCGUCCGUUUUUAGAUAAGUUUGUCGUGGUCUUCAUAGACGACAUUCUCAUCUACUCCAGGACGCAUGAGGAACAUGCUGAGCAUCUGAGGAUAGUGCUUAGCAUCUUGAGAGAGAAGCAACUGUUUGCCAAGUUAUCCAAGUGCGACUUUUGGAUGAGAGAGGUGCAGUUCUUGGGGCACGUGAUAUCAGCUCAUGGAAUAGCUGUGGAUCCAGCUAAAGUAGAGGCAGUGAUACAGUGGGAAUGUCCCAAGUCGGUGACUGAGAUUCGGAGCUUCGUGGGCUUAGCUGGCUAUUACAGGAGGUUUAUAGAGGGGUUCUCCAAGAUAGUAGCACCCCUGACAUAG